GAAGCGGGGAGGGCGGCGGCGGGGGCGCGGCGCGGGACGUGCGGGCGGGCGCGGGGCCCGGGCGCCGGAGUAUGCGGGCCUCGGAGGGCAGCCGCGGCACACAGCCGCGGCCCCGGCGCACCGCGCGGGGCGGAAAAGCCUGUUUACACAGACUGCACACCGCCUGGGGAAUAAUGCAGUAAAGGAAGUGAGCCGGCUCGGCCUGACUGCUCCAACUUCCUGCUCUCACACACAGCAGAGGGGGGAAAAAAAAAGAGGAGCGAGAGAAAGAAAAAAAAAGGGGGGGAAAAUCAGGAUCUCAUUACAAGAGCAACAGACCGUCUGCAGACGCCUGUCAGCAUGGAAAGUCGGGGGCUUUCGCCCGGGUCCUCCUAGAAAUCCCCAGAAGAAGGAUCCUCAAGCUCCCCCACAUCUGGGUAUGGAGAGUGCAAUCACACUGUGGCAGUUCCUGUUGCAGUUGCUGCUGGACCAGAAACAUGAGCACCUGAUCUGCUGGACAUCCAAUGAUGGUGAAUUCAAGCUCCUUAAGGCGGAAGAAGUGGCCAAGCUGUGGGGCCUCCGCAAGAACAAGACAAACAUGAACUAUGAUAAGCUGAGCAGAGCCCUGCGAUACUAUUAUGACAAGAACAUCAUCAAGAAAGUGAUUGGGCAGAAGUUCGUGUACAAGUUUGUUUCUUUCCCAGAGAUCCUAAAAAUGGAUCCUCACUCUGUGGAGAUCAGCCGGGAGAGCCUUCUGCUGCAGGACAGCGACUGUAAGGUGUCCCCCGAGUGCCGCGAGGCCCAUAAGCAUGGUUUAUCUGCUCUCAAAAGUACUAGCCGCAACGAAUACAUCCACUCAGGCCUGUACUCGUCCUUCACCAUCAACUCCCUGCAGAACACCCCAGAGGCCUUCAAGGCCAUCAAAACAGAGAAGCUGGAGGAGCCGUGCGAUGACAGUCCCCCUGUGGAAGAAGUCAGGACUGUGAUCAGGUUUGUGACCAAUAAAACCGACAAGCACAUCACCAGGCCGGUGGUAUCCCUGCCCUCCACGUCUGAGGCUGCAGCCGCGUCUGCCUUCCUGGCUUCAUCUGUGUCAGCCAAGAUCUCCUCUUUAAUGUUGCCAAAUGCUGCCAGCAUCUCAUCUGCAUCGCCCUCCUCAUCUCGGUCCCCAUCCCUGUCCCCCAACUCUCCCCUCCCUUCUGAACACAGAAGCCUCUUCCUGGAGGCCGCCUGCCAUGACUCGGAUUCUCUGGAGCCUUUGAACCUGUCGUCAGGCUCCAAGACCAAGUCUCCAUCUCUUCCCCCAAAGGGUAAAAAACCCAAAGGCUUGGAAAUCUCUGCUCCCCCACUGGUGCUCUCUGGUACCGACAUCGGCUCCAUCGCCCUCAACAGCCCAGCCCUCCCCUCAGGAUCCCUCACCCCAGCCUUCUUCACCGCACAGACACCAAAUGGACUGCUUCUGACCCCGAGUCCACUGCUCUCCAGCAUCCAUUUCUGGAGCAGCCUUAGUCCAGUCGCUCCACUGAGUCCUGCCAGGCUGCAGGGGCCUAACACGCUGUUUCAGUUCCCCACACUGCUGAACAAUCACAUGCCAGUGCCAAUCCCCAGUCUGGACAGAGCUGCUUCUCCAGCACUGCUUUCCUCUAGCUCUCAGAAAUCCUGAUGAUGUCUUUCCGCAAUUAAAGACUCAUUAACUGAUGAAGCAAAUUUGUCCCCAUUGGCUAGUUUACCUGUGUCAUGAGAAGGACAUCGUGAAACCCUCUGUUAAUUUGGUUUGCACUUUUCAUAACAUGGAUAAUCUAGAUGUAUGUUAGCAUUUUAAAAGCUGUUUUUUAUAUAUUCAAGUAUAUAUGAAAACCUGUUUUGCAUUAAGUGGAUUUUAAUGUUUUUGUUUUUAUAGCCUCUUAGCUCUUAAGUGUUGAACACUUGUUGAGAGUGAAAGCCUUUCUUAAUGUUUUCAGUAUAACUAAUAAGGAUGUGAAGCUUUUUCUCUUUAAUUCUGCAUAUGCUGACCUUUGCUUGUAUACACAAUGUAACCAGCUGUGCCUUCCUUUGCAUUUAGUUUUAUGUAAAUGAUUUAUAUAUAUUUUAGUACUAAGAAAAAAAUGUUUGAAAGACAAAUGAGUAUCAAACAGCUCUUGUAGAAUUUCAUUAUUUUUCACAAGUAGGCAACAUAUGAAAGCAUAAUCGUAUCACUUUUUUCUUUUUGCUUUCAAUUGUGUAAGAAUUGCCUUAGAACCUCUUUUGAACUGAAAUCCAAUAAAUGUAAUGUCCAAGUAAUGUUUUUAUAAGAAUGAACUAAGCCAUAUUUAGACAAUAAACAUUCUUUUAAAAAUGUUCUAAAGUGCAUUUUUAAGAAGAUAGACUUUGAGAGGCUAGCCUCUUAGCUGUUUACAAUGUCCUUUAUCCUCCCCAAUAAAAAUCUGGUAUACCACACCACUCUUAAGAAUUUUCUACGUUCAUGUAAUACUUAAAAAGAUUAACCCUGCUUCUCCUGAUUUUUCCAUAAUCACACCCAUCUGGUGUUUUUACUAUCAGUGAGAGUUAAGGUUUCUUUAAAUGCCCGGCACUACAAUUAAUAUUUAAAAAUCUAAUGUUUCAGGGAUAGGGGUGUAGUUUAGUAGAGCGCUUGCCUAGCAUAUGUUGAGGCUCUGGGUAAAAUACCCAAUUCCCUGCCCCCCCCAAAAGAAAAAAAACCCUAAUGUUUUGGACCAUGUUCACAUAUGGUAAUGAAUUCAACAACAACGAAGCAUUUUUUUUUUUAAAUAACAGGUUUCUGCAUCUGUAUAGAUACAAUUUUGAUAGGUUAAAAAAAACUGUAAUACAAAGAACUGGGGGCGGAAAUAAAGACUUUGCUUCUGGAAACAGACACAGGAGACACUGCUUUCUGUUCCUUAAAUGUAUGAUGACAAAUUGUUCAGGAAUCCCACCAUUACAUAACAAUCUGGAAUGCUCUGCAUUGUGCUGUAGGUUAGAACUCCGAUGAUAGUAGCCCAGCUUCUGGUUAGGAAGCUCAGCAGGCGCCACACCUGUACACAAGUACUUAUGAUUCCAGAUUAGAUUCACUGUAACCCUUAACUACCAGCAGUAAAAACCAAUCUGAAACGUGACUAAACAGAUGAUCCAAACCACACGCUAAAUAGCAG